AUGAAUGAGUUCUUGCCCGGAACUCACGUCCUCUUUUGGGAUGAGAGGACGGGCCCGACCUUUGACCCCAACGGACCGAUCCAAGGAGAGGACUGGUUUUACUACAUGCUGCGGGACUCUGACGUGUACUACACCAUGGUCCUCGUGUAUCAAGACGACCCCAACGAUACGUUCCUCGUCGGAGAGCAUGGUUACUGGGAUUCUUCGACCUCCAGUGGCCACAUUACGUCCACCGGUCAAUCAAGCUCCACUGGUCAAACGACGUUCACCGGCUCGCCGUCUUCCACUUCGACGUCCGCAGAGUGCGAAAGCACGGCCAGUGCCAGUGCUCCCUCCAAGGGCGGCGCUGGCGGUAAGGGUGGUGCAGGUGGCAAGGGAGGUGCUGGCGGUAAGGGCGGUGCUUCCGGUGGCGGUGGCGGUGCGGGUGGCGACGGUGGUGGUGGCGGUAAGGGCGGUAACGGUGGUGAUGCUGGCAAGUGCGGAAUUGCCGGCGACGGUGGUGACGGUGGCCCCGGUGGCGAGGGUGGCGAUGGCGACCCUGCCGGCAAGGGUGGUGAGGGUGGUCCCGGUGGUGAUGGUGGCAACGCUGCCCGCCGCCGCCGCUUCUGGGGCAAGGCUAGGUCUGCCACCUAG